UCAAUUAAAAAUACUGUCAUAGAAUUUAAAAUAUAAUAAUUUAUAUAGAUUUGGGAUGUUAAUGAAAAAUUAGGAAUUUAUAGAUUAAUAAAAUAAAUAAAAUGAUAUUAAAAGUUGUUGCUUUUCUCAAAGGCCUUCCAAAGAAACAUUACCCCUUUCGGCUUUUUGCUUAUCUAUCUUGUCCCUCCCUUCUCUGCCGUAUUUGCUUUGUUGGAAUUGGAAAAAAGAAUCUCACAUGUUCUCCAAGGCUCGUCUGUUACUCAAACUCCGGUGCGUUCUCUCUGCCUCGAAACGUCAGUCGUCAACAAUCACUGCUGUUCGAAUUGCCGCCACCUAUUCGACAAUAUGCCCAAACCAAGCUGAAAACCGUACGGAAGCAGCUGUAGAGCCUCCGAGGGACUCUGCGGAACUUUUCAGGAAAUGGGGUUGCAGCGAAAAUGAUUUAUGGAAGAUCUUUUCGCGCCAGCCUGCUUUGCGCCAUGCUCAAGUUGCUCCCCUUUUAUCUAAACUCAAGUUGCUCAGUGGCUUGGGACUCACCACUUCCGACAUUGUUAAGAUGAUCAAUUGUCGCCCUCGUUUGUUUUGUUCUCGUAUCAAUCAUUGCUUCGACGAGCGGCUUGAUUUUUUCCUGACGCUUUUCGGGUCACGAGAAGUGCUGCGUAAAGCCCUUGUUAGGAACCCUUCGCUUCUUACAUAUGACUUCCACAACACGAUCAAACCAGUCAUUGCGUUGUAUGAAGAAAUGGGCAUUAGCGGAAAUGAUUUGACUGCCAUGCUCAUCUCGCGGCCCACGUUGAUUCCUAGGACUUCGUUUAAUGACGAGAAGAUGGAAUAUAUAAAGAAAACAGGGGUUUCAAAAGGUUCCAAAAUGUAUAAAUAUGUGGUUGCUCUCAUUGGCAUCUCGCGGAUUGAGACUAUACAGGAAAAAGUGACGAACUUGGAGAAGUUUGGGUGUUCAGAGGACGAGGUUUGGAGUCUUUUGGGACGGUCUCCCCUUAUUUUGACACUAUCAGUUGAUAAGGUUCAAAGGAACAUGACUUUUGUUGUGGGCACCAUGAAGCUCUCCCCAAAACUGGUGCUUCAGUACCCAUUUUUGUUGUUCUGCAACCUGGAAGCCGUAUUGAAGCCACGGGUAUUAUUGGCUGGGAAGCUAAAGGACAUGGAGCUUCACCCACAGAUUAAGGGAGCAAUGAUGUUGAGGGCACUUAGGAUGAAAGAAAGUCGAUUCUUGACUGCGUUUGUUAAAUGUCAUCCAGAAAAUGUGGCCACUGAAUUGCUAGAGUUUUAUAAGCACGCUAAAUGUGUCAAACGAUUGGCGGAAGCCUCAAAGAUGAAAGUGCGUAAAGGAUUUCCCUUUUGAUCCAUGAAUGGUGACACAGAUUUCAUUUGAAUUUUGCUUUCUUUGAAGAUCAGCUCUUUAUCAACUUCAAUGUUUUCGAUGAUCACUUAGCGAGCACAGAGGUUACACUUGAUCAGUUUUUUCAAAUCGAGAUCCGACUUGGAUGAGGAGCUGGAGAUUAUGUACUCUCUGAGAUUCGCAACAGAACUGGCAUAGAGGCAGCAUUGAUACUUGGUCGAGCACUAACAGCCUGCUGAAAGGAGAUGAGGGGUUGAAAACAGGAAGUGAAGGUGGAGAAGAUUAAACAAGAAUUUGUAGUUAGAGUGACUUGCAACAAAGGAGGGGACAAAUUGGUGUGAAUAUUAGAGGCAUUUGAUGAACUGGGUCAUAAUGUUGUGCAAGCAAUGGUAACCAUUUCUUUUCCAUGGAAGCCAUUGAUGUAGCUCAAGACCAACAAACUAUUCAUAUCAAAGAUGUUGCACAAGCAACGUGGAGAGAAGGCGCUUGUAACAUACAAGUUCCUUGUUAAUUAGUGAAAGGUUUGCCCUUGAAUUAAUAUACAUAUAUAUAAAUGUUAAUCGAGAAAAGCAUUAAGCUUGUGGUUCGAUUAUUCUGCUCCCUGCUUCCUGAUAUUUCAUCCGCAUGUGGUUGUGCCAAUCUGUUUUCUGCCCUCCUAUGCUCGUAGUCAUUGCUUGGCUGCUUUAUGCAAAUUGGGUCCCGCAGGCCGUAUGCUGGUUAACAAAUGCAAUAUGGGACUGUAUCUGAUGCAUUAAUGUUAUGCCGCUUUCUGAGAUUUUUUGAGGCAAUUCCUUGGGUGGGGAUGUGCUGCUUUUAUAGACUUCAUAGUUUACCUAUGUAACUUCCUAAUCGGAGGCAGUGCCUCCUUAUGUACUGGUCCAUAUUAAUCAAAAACCUUCACAGGCUAUUUAUAAAAUUUACAUAUGAAUUAAUAUCGAUUCAUUUGUGAGUGAUCAGACAGUCGAACAAUGG